AGGGACAUGUGAGGUUUGAACGUGGCGGAACAAUAGCCAUGCCUAUCACUACGCUGGGUAAUGUUUGUUCUUCCCCGGAAUGGAUAAUAGUAUAACUACACUAACUCUGCGUACUCAACUGGAAAUGUGGUUCUGUUUGCUAAACUGAAAGAUGUUGGCAUAUAUUAACCUUCUUGAUGACCUCCUCUGCUGUACUUUCCUUAUCCAACCAUUUCAUUUUAUUUAAACAUCACCACACCAACACCAACUACAACAACAACUCCUUCCUCUCCCUCUCUCCGCCGCAUCAACAGCCUCUUCAGUUCUCCACACGGCGGCGCCUUAGUCGGAGCUUUAUUUCUAAAGCGGAAGAUUCAAGGAAACGCAGUACUAGUUGGUGGCACAAAUUUCUUGCCGACGACGACGGUAACUGGUUUGGUUUGAACGAUGAUAUGGUGAAUGUGGAAGAGGAAGAUGUGGCAGAGCAACCGGAGUUGACGGAGGAUGAAAAGUUUGAGGCAUGGAAGCAGAGAGCGGAAGCGAUUAUAGAUUUGAGGGAAGCUCAGGAAGAUAGGAGGAACCAGGAACAUAGGAAGUGGGAAGACUGGCUUUUGGAGGAAGAGGGGGAUGUUACCACUUCUUCUUGGGAGAGAGGAAUCAAGGAUUACAGGGACGAGAUGCGAACCGAUUCGCCCGAACGAGGGAUUGUAAAGACUGUUAGGUCUUUGGUUUUUGGAGUUGAACAAGAUGAUGUUGAUGAUGAUAUGCUUUAUGAAGACCGUGUUUUCCAGUAUGCUUCUUCGAAUUCGGCUAAAUUUUUGGCAGUGUUGAUUAUUAUACCUUGGGCUAUGGAUUUUCUGGUUCAUGACUAUGUACUCAUGCCUUUUUUAGACAGAUAUGUUAAGACGGUACCACUUGCCGCCCAACUGCUCGAUGUGAGAAAAAGUCAAAAACUUGAAAUAAUUGAGGGAUUAAAAACGUUGAAAGGACGAUUUGAGCUUGAGGUAGAGAUUGGUAAAUCUCCCCCUCUUUCUGACAACGAGGUUUGGUGGGAAUUGAGGAAUAAAGCAUUAGAGUUGAGAGAUGAGUGGAGACUGGAGAAUCGCAGAGCAUUUGCCAACAUAUGGUCAGAUGCAGUUUUCGGGAUCUCUUUAUUUAUUCUUUUGUACUUCAAUAAGAGUAAAGUAGCUUUGCUCAAAUUUACUGGUUAUAAAAUUAUAAACAAUAUUUCUGAUGCCGGGAAGGCGCUUCUAAUUAUAUGUGUAGCAGAUAUUAUUCUAGGGUAUCAUUCUGAAACUGGUUGGCAAACUCUGGUAGAGACAAUUCUCGAACACUAUGGGCUUGAAGUAGAUCAAUCCGCUAUUACUAUUUUUGUUUGCUCGGUCCCAGUCUUCAUUGAUGGAUUCACGAAACUUUGGCUGUUCAAAUUCCUCCCAAAGUUCUCCCCGAAAGUGAAGACUAUACUUGAGAAAAUAAGGCGUCACUAGUUGACAAUUCCAUGUCUGGGAUUGGACUGUAUGCUCCGGCUUUAUCAACUAAAAUAGUUCCAGUUUUUCACCAUUAGCUCAUUCUUGUAUGCAUUUAUUGACAUUGAAAUGACCGGCCCUUGGUGUAAUAGUAGCUUUCCACAAGUUCAGCUACUGGUUCAUGUUACUCUCUUUUGCAGACUUGUGCGAACUGCAAGAGUAUUUUACUGGUUCUAUAGUACACGGCAGUUCUAGGUGCUUUAUGUGCACACAGAGAAUGGUCACUCAAAUCCUCCAAUAAAGCUUAAAUAUGUUAUGAGAUUGAAAUUCAACUCAUUAUUCUUCCAUUUAUGUCCUUGGAAUAUAUAGGAUUCCUCUUUUUGUAAUAUGAUCAUUAAUUGUAUAAGGAGACGAGUCUCUAGAGGGAAAAAACUUGAUGGAAUAUUUUUUAUUUGAAGUCAAUAUUUUGUAUAUGGCGCGGACUUGGAUCCUCUAUUUUUUCUCUCCAUUUCUCUUUCUUUUUUUUCUCUAUCUCUUUUAAUCUCACUCUCUCUUUAUUUGCUUUAGAGAGCGAGUGAAAUUAUGAGAGAAAAAUAGAGAGGAAGGAGAAGAAUAGAAAGAAAAAUGGAAUGAGAGGAUCUAAAACUUGUAUAUGGCAGGUAUUUCUUAAAAGAGUUUCUUUUUCCAA